UUCACGGUUACAAUAUGUUUCGAAAAUGAUUAUUCAAUAUUGCAGCUUCCUUGCUCACGGAGACAGCAUUCGAACAAUUUCGUUGUGGUUUCGCAUUGAAAAGUCAACUCUGUAUACCAUCAUUCCCGAAGUGUGUAAAGCAAUAUAGAAUGUAUUGCAACCUCGAUACCUGAUAUGUCCUCAAAGUGAGAAUGAAUGGUUACGCAUUGCUGCUGAAUUUUAUGAUAAAUGGAAUUUUCCCAAUUGCGUGGGAGCAAUUGAUGGAAAACACUGCAAUAUCCAGGCUCCGCCCCAUUCCGGUAGUGCAUUUCACAACUAUAAAGGUUUCUUCAGCAUAAUCUUAAUGGCAAUUGUUGAUGCUAACUACCGUUUUAUCUGGGUCGAUAUUGGAGAUUAUGGUUCUAUGAAUGAUGCUGGAAUUUGGUCGAAAACUGCACUACGGGAAGCAUUGGAACAAAACACCAUAUGUCUACCGGAAGCUUGUUUUUUGCCUCAUACUGAUUGUGUACAGCCAUUUGCUCUUGUCGGUGACGAAGGCUUCCCUUUGAAAACAUAUUUGAUGCGCCCAUUUUCGAGAAGAAAUUUGCUAAAUAUAGAAGCAAAGGUAUUUAAUUAUCAACUCUCACGAGCACGCUGAAUUGUAGAAAAUGCCUUCGGUAUUCUCGUAGCGAGAUGGAAAAUUUUGCAAAGACCAUUAGCUGUAAAGUUGAGCACAGGGGAAGCUAUUAUUCAAGCUACUGUU